AUGAUCCCGCUCCGUUGCUGCUCUCAACGUCCAGCGGCAACGGCAGCCUCGCUGGUCUCCGCAAGUCCGCUUGGCUUGACGGCUGCCCGCGUCUCGUAUAGCUCCGUCACGCUGCGCCUACUCCGUGCCUCGGCGUUAACCCCGACCAAGGCCCUCGCGGACCACGCACAUGCAAAACCAGAGGUGGAACUUCGCACCGAGACGAACGUGCGGCCGCCGCCAAUCUACGUGAACCUCAACGUGCCGUCAAAGCCGGAGAGCUUUGCGCACAAGAUCUCCUACCAGAAGAACCCCGACACCAGCAUCGAGGAACCGAUGCGCGUGUAUCAGUCCAAGGCGCCCUCUCUGCUUCCGAGGAUUCACAUGGAGGAUUGCGUCUGCGAGUUCAUGUUCAACCGCUGGCGUAAGCAGGACCCAAAGAAACCCGCCUGCGUUCAAGUGGAAACGGGUGAGACCAUCACGUAUGGCGAACUCAUCAAACUAGCCAAGCACGUCUCUGACGUGCUGCACACCACCUGCCGCGUGCGGAAGGGCGACGCGGUGCUAGUAUGUAUGUACGACACUGUCUACUUUGCCCCCAUCUCGUACGGGGUCAUGAACACCGGCGCCACGCUUUCCACCACGAACGUGAACAUCACCGAGGACAUGUUAGCGCAUCAGAUUGAGGCGUCGGAGGCCAAAGUGGUCGUCACGACGAAGCACUGCCUGCCGGUGGUGCAGCGGGCGGGACACACCGUCAAGAAGAACACUGGCUCGCAGGUGAAGAUUCUGCUCGCGGAGACCAUCCACAAGCUCCAGACGGAUAGCAUGCCCGACUACCACCGCGCCGGCCUCAACGCUGAGCGCGACGAUGUCGUGCUCAUCCCCUUCUCCUCCGGCACGACGGGCGAGCCGAAAGGGGUUCAGUUGACGAACAUGAGUCUUUGCGCCAACAUCCAGCAGACCAUCCAAGCCUUUGGGCUCACCGACACCGACGUGCAGCUCUCCGUUCUGCCUUUCUUCCACGUGACGGGUUUCACGAUUGGCAUGUCGGCCAUCCUCGCCGCCGGCGGCACGCUGCUGAUGCAGGCCAAGUUCGACGUUCGCAGCUACGUGCAGGCGGUACAGAAGCAGCACGUCUCGUUUGUGCUCGUCGCGCCGCCCGUGGUCGCCUCCAUUGUGCG